AUGGGAGCAUUCGUUUAUAUUCGCUCCAUCGAUAGCAGCGGCAACCUUUCAUCCCAUCUACUCUGUUCCAAGUCCAAACUGGCCCCCAUCGGUAACAAACGGAUGACACUACCCCGACAGGAACUUUGUGCUGCGCUCUGCCUCGCCCGGCUUAUCAGCAACGUAAGCAGAGCAAUUCCAUCAUCGUUCGCUGAAAUACGAGCAUGGACAGAUUCCCAAGUCGUGCUAGCCUGGCUUAACGGCGGAGCUUCCAGAUGGACCACUUUCGUGGCCAAUAGAGUUGCCGAGAUAAACACCCUUCUGCCGUCAAUAAAUUGGGAUCACAUCGAUACUAAACAAAACCCAGCUGAUUUAGUAUCUCGGGGUGCUUCACCUCAAGAGCUCCACAACAACAGCCUGUGGUGGAUCGGCCCCGAAUGGAGCCCACUGGCAGGUCAUCUGAAAUCAUCACCAAGAAUAACACUCGAUACAGAUCUUCGUCAAAUGAUCUCCCGCGAGGAGAGAAAAAUCACCAUUUGUCUAUUCACUCCUCACGAAAGCACCUUUCUUGAUGAGCUCAUGUCCCGAUAUUAUCCCGACCUACGCAUGCUCGGCAAAGAGUUAAAAAAUCAAAGUUCUCUUUUGCAGCUAAAACCAUUUCUGGAUGAUGACGGGAUCGUCAGGGUGGGCGGCAGGCUGAACCACUCGUGUCUCACUUACGACGAGAAACACCCGAUAUUAUUGCCACGAAGCUCAAUCCUAACGGCCUACAUUCUUCACUCGGAGCACAUCAAUAAUCAUCAUUGUGGUCCGCAAACUUUGCUGGCAAUAUCUCGACGUCGUUAUUGGAUUAUCUGUGGAACGAGUGCUGCAAGGAAAACCUAUCGACAGUGUGUUGUGUGUGCUCGAUCGAAGCCGGUGCCGAAUUCGCAGAUGAUGGGUCAGCUGCCACAGGAACGCGUCACCCCACAACCUACGUUUGCAGUAACCGGUGUGGAUUAUGCGGGGCCAGUUUGUUUGGUUGGACGCAGAGCUCGGGGUGUCAUCUCUAGCAAAGGGUACAUCGCACUCUUCGUCUGCUUCUCGACAAAAGCCGUGCAUUUAGAAGCAGUUUCGGAUUUAAGCACAUCAGCGUUUCUUGCCGCCUUCAUAAGGCAGUUGCGAGAAGUUCACGAGCUGGUGAAAUCUGCAGACCACAAUCAUCAGGUGACUGAUUUUUUAACCGACAAAGGUGUGGAAUGGAAAUUUAUUCCAGCACGAUCACCUCAUCAUGGUGGUCUCUGGGAAUCAGCGGUAAAGGUAGCUAAACAACUUCUGGCAACCCUAACAAGCAACAAUAUCUUCACCUUUGAAGAGCUUUCUACCUUUCUCGCCCAAGUUUCAGCAACCAUGAAUUCAAGACCGAUCACUCCUAUAUCAAACAGUCCCAGUGAUCCGCAAGCACUCACACCUGCCCAUUUCACCAUAGGCCGUCCAUUGACUAUAGCUCCAGAAGUGAACCUAAUGGAGCGUUCUAUAAGUUCAAUGAAUCGAUGGGAGCACGUCCAGCGUCUAUCCCAAGAAUUCAGAUCCCGCUGGCAGCUGGAAUAUGUUCGCGCCCUUCAGCGCAUUACUAAGUGGAAACGCAAAUCGCCGAACGUCUGUAAAGGAGACUUCGUAAUGCUGAUAGACGAAAAUGAUAAACCGAAGCAGUGGCCUCUUGGCCGAAUACAGGAAACCUUUCCCGGAGAUGACGGAUGCAUUCGAGUAGUCCUAGUUAAAACUGCAAAUGGAACGACACGUCGAGACGUUAGGAAAAUUCGAGUGCUUCCCGUAAAUUACGAUGAAUUUGUACCAGGACGUAUUGGCGAUGAAAUUACUACCCAUACUACGGCUCACCGACGGGACUUGAACCUGCCAUCUCCGCUGCAGUGCAAACGGUGCGUUAGCCAAAUCGACAAGGUCUAUUUCACCCCACUGCAAGCAACCCCCCUCUCGAUGACGACAACGGCAAACGGAAUUGGAUUACCCUACCGGACCUAUUGGAAAGAAACAACCCAAUGUGCCCAAGGUGUGCUGCUCAUGGGAGCGCUAAAACGGUCCCGUGCAUAA